GACACUUCUUGGGUCUCUAGAGUAAAGCUGGGUCAGUAACUGGUGUCGUAGCUAUCAAUGCAUACCCUGAUGAUGUGGAAGGCUCUCAUCUUAAUUCUUACCUUCUCUUCAGGAGCACUUUCACAAUCAAGAACGCGCUUUGCACGUUAUCGCUCAUGGAACUCACACAUGUAUCCAGUUUGGAGGGAUGGAGAUCCCAGAUACAGGGACUGCUGGAAAGGUGGAGAGGUGACAUUUGAAGUCAGGAGUGAUGGUCCUACGCUAACAGGAGCCAAGGCUACUUUCAACAUUGAUGUUCGCUUCCCUCAGAACCAGACAGUGCUUCCUGAUGGACAGGUGGUGUGGGCAAGAAACUGUACAGUUAAUGGAACAUCCUAUACUAUGGGCCAGACUGUAUACCCAGAGUCCAGCAUCCCUCGAGAAUGGAGUGGUGUCUUUCCUGACAGGACACCCUUCACUAAGAUCUCUAACAAAAAGCCCCGCUUCAUCUAUGUGUGGAAAACAUGGGGAAAAUACUGGCAGGUGGCUGAUGGUCCCUCCUCUCUACUGACUAUUGAAACAGACAAUGUGCCUCUUGGUUCUUACACAAUGGACAUAGUAAUUUAUCACUGCCGUGGCAAAGACAAGUUUGUUCCCCUUGGUUAUGCAUCUACCCAGUUCUCUAUCACCGACCAAAUUCCUUUUACAGUGACAUUAUCUCAGGUUGGUGACAUCAAUCAGGGUGACCAAAGCUUUAUCCAGAAUAGAGCUGUGUCCUUUGGCAUUAAUUUGCAUGACCCUAGCUACUAUCUAAGUGGGUCAGACAUUACCUUCAACUGGGAUUUUGGGGACAAUAGUGGAACUCUCAUUUCCAGGGAGGCUACUGUUACCCACACGUACCUUACAACUGGCUCCUUCAGGCCACAGGUGGUUUUGAUGGCAGCCAUCUCAAGUGGUUGUCAGCUCAGUCCAACUGCAGCAUCCAGCGGUGCACCUCCUGUUCCUGUCACAGAUGAAGCUGCAGCAGUGGAAAACAUUGCGCUGACUGUUUCUCCUCCCAUUGCGGAGGAAGGAGUUGCAGCUGAUGUCACUGUCGCUGCCAACGACUUGGCGGUGUCCGCAAUUGACAAUGAAGCAGAAUUAGUUAAUGCUGCCCAAGAGGUCCCCACUGUUGCUGGAGACGCAUCUGUGGCUGAGGCUGACAAUACUGCCGCAGUGAUGUUAGUUACACCUACAGCUGUUGAGGCUGAACCUGCGACAGUAGUUCCUGUGGCUGACACGUCCCCAGAAGAAGACGAGGUUAUUAUCGAUCUGGCAGCCACAGUACUCCCAGCCCCUGCUGCUGUGGCUGACACGGCCUCUGUUCAGACAGUUAUAGAAACAGAAGCACCAGCUGGUGAUGCAGUCAUCAUUAUCACCCCCGAGGCAGUGGUCACAGAUAUUGUAGCAUCUGUCAUACCUGCAGUUGAAGACACAGCUAACGAGACUGUUGCCGAAGUUAACGAGACUGUUGCCGAAGUCAACGAGACUGUUGCCGAAGUCAACGAGGCGACCGAAGCCGUCACUGGCAUAACUAGCAUACCCGAGGCAACAGUAAGUGAAUUAGAAGCUGAACUGGUGGCAGGAACUGAAGCGACCCAGGCUGCUCUAGUCAUUGCAAAGCGGCAAGCACCAGAAAUGCCAGCAGAAACAAACUGUAUGAUUUAUCGUUAUGGUUCCUUCUCUACAACUCUUGCAGUUGUCCAGGGAAUAGAGAGUGUUGAGAUCGUGGAGGUGAAUAAUGUGGUCGUUCUGGCCACAGAGCUGGAGCAGAAUGCUGUAGAUCUUACAGUAACAUGCCAGGGAAGCCUGCCGAAUGAAGUCUGCACUGUGGUGUCUGAUGCAGACUGCACAAGUCCUGUUCAGGACCUCCAGUGCAAUGCUGUGACUCCUGCCUCCGAGUGUCAGAUGGUGCUGCGACAAUUUUUCAACAACUCCGGCACCUUCUGCAUCAACGUCUCUCUAACCAAUGAUGUCAGCUUGGCUGUAACCAGCGCAAAGCUCAGUGUGGCGAUAGACACAAAUUCAUCGAGGAACACGGCUGGAGCAACACUGGGAGUCCUGGUUUUUAUUUGCGCUCUGGGGGCCGUUGCAUUUACAUACAAGCGAUUUAAGGAGUACCAGCCACUGAGGGAUGAUACAAGUGGCAGUUUCAGCUCUGGAAGAAGCUCAAUGCCUUUAACGCUGUGGAACCUUCUGAGCCGGAGAUCCGCUGCAGAAAGCCGUCCCCUCCUGCUUGGGCGAGUGGUGUGAAAAGCUGUCCACUUCUGCUUUAAGACAUAUUGCAUAGAGAAUAAAUAUGAACAACGAGGGCUUCAUUGUACUGUAUUAACAAAAUGUCAUAUGUAAUAUGCCUCACAAUAUCUAAAUGGUGUUUUAUUGUAUGUGGCAGUGUAUUGUGUGUCGUUAUGAAAAGUUGCAGAUAGCUUUUCUUGGGUUGCAAUGAUCAGACUUUUUCCCCUUCGUUUGUUGUUUAUGUCUAGGUUGUAACUUUAACAAUGAAAAAUAUAGUGUAGUGGACAGGACAAUGCUAAGUAGUUUACUUACGUUAUUUACAGAAGGUGGGGAUAAAAAGUGCAAAUGAGGUUCGAAAUGUAUAACAAAAUAUUUACAGGGUUUUUUUUUUACAAAUGUUAGGAAUUCACCCAGAGCAUAGACAUUAAUCUAUGCUCUUUAACAAAACCAAAGUACAGUGUUUGGCACUCAUCCCUUACCCAACAGUUAUGUGGAUCUCUUUAGUUAUGUAAAUGCAAUAAUUCUAUAAAGGAACCCUGCUUGAUAGGAAUAUUGUCAUCAUCAAAUGGCAAAUGUUUCAAGAAAAGCCUUGUGCCUGUUCAACAUUUAUGCAACAUUAAGAAGCUUUAUGAAAUAAAUGUAUAUGUACAUUGAACUACGAUGUAAAUUUACAUUUAUGUUUAAUCGUCAUUAAUUAAAAAUAUGAUGUAUUUU